AUGCUACCGCAAUUAGAUGUUAUGCGUAAGGUCUUGGAUUAUGCCUUGAACCGAAACUCUUCAGUAUUGCCAGCCUAUCUAGCUUUUGAUGAAAUUAAGAAAAAAUCUGACAAAUGGAUGCAUUGGAAAUUCGCUGAUUUAUUUUCGGCUUUUGUGGAAAGCUUCCGUCCUGUUGCUCAGAUGGUUUCAAUCAUUAAUCGUUCCAAGCUCUUACCAAUUGUUGGAUAUUCCUCAACCUUAAACCAAUCUUGGCAAUUGAAUGCAGCCACAGCCGCAUUCGACCUCAAAGGUCUUUUACCUUAUAACAACGAGCUUACAAGACCUCAGAUAGGCUUGUUGCGAUAUGUCUUGGAACAGCCUUAUUCUCGUGAAAUGAUUUACUUUAUGUUGAGUCUGACUAAUAAAGCUAAAUCCCGCUGUCCUAUUCUUGAAGAACAAUUGGUUGCAUUGAUUGUAUUGGCAAUGGAAAAGUCUGAAAAUGAAACGAACAAUCAAGAGGAAACUGACUAUAGUCAAACUCAGUGCCUUUGGCAAAUACUAUCUGGCCAUUUGAUAACUUUCAUCAUACUAAACCAUAUAAGUUUUCCACAGCUUGUGCGAAGCCUUCAUGAAUCAUUGGCUGCUCGAAAUUCAAAAAAAGGACGAGAUCAUCUAAUGUGGAUGCUUCUUCAAUAUAUUUCUGGUUCCAUUCAGAAGACUCCUCUAACAGAUUUCUUACCAUUCUUCAAACUUCAUGAUUUACUCUACCCUGAAAAGGAUCCUCUUACUGGUCCCGAUAUAACUAAACCUAUCUGCACUCAUACUUUCGCGAUCAGUUCCAUUUGGAUUCAUUUGUUAAAGAAAGCAGAAAAUGAACCUCAAAAGGUGAUAAGACCGAUUCAUGUUGAAUUUCUUCACCAAACUUUUAUGAGCAGUGAUCUACCCGCCAAUUUUGAAUGA